GACAGCCAUAUUUAGUACUGUUUCUUGGAGUUCUCAUCCAGUAGCUUGAAAGAAGAACUUUUAAAUAUCUUAUAUAAUCAUCAUCAUCAUACCGAGACAGAGGAGGUAAAUCCGAGGAUGUCAACCUCAAGAGCCUUCGUCUUCCUGGUCUUAUAUCUGUCGGUUGUUCCUGGAAACACCGAUGAUUCAGGAUGCACCUCCCAACUUAGUGUCGAAGCUGGGUGUGAGCAGUGUACUGACUGGGGUCACUGUGAACAGGAAACGGUUCCGGUUGACCCAUGGAUGCAAUAUGCUUUAAAGACACAACGAGAAUUGCAGAUCGACUUCACCUUUGAUCAGUUCAUCAUGUUGGAUUCUCACAAUAGUUUCCAGGCAAGAGCUUAUGGAUUGAGAUAUGGAGCCAAUGAUACAUGUGUGUGGCCGCCACCUUACCCCGAGAACUGCACAUCGAUUGCAAACCAUGAAUUCACGAUCGUUGACCAACUCAAUCUCGGUAUGAGAGGCAUCGAGAUUGAUAACUGGUACUGCUACGGCGCGAUGCGAGUGUGCCACCUGGGUACCCAUGAGUACCUUGGUGUAUGUGAAGCUGAUCACAUGUUAUUUGCUGAUCUCCUCGGUGAUAUUGGAGAUUGGUUGGAUCAACCUGAGAACCAAGAUGAAAUCAUUCGACUCUACUUUAACGAGAAGGAAGACCAAGGCCAUGAUGAUGAAGUGAAUGCCAUGAUUCGGGAUGCUUUCGGUACACGGGUACUUACACCAUCAGACCUAAGGGAUACCUAUGGUGGUUCGUGGCCAACUAUAAGGAAGAUGCGAGAGGAUGGUAAGCAUGUCCUUAUUGCAGCAGGUGGUACAUACGGGUUCUUUACCCAUGGUGACGUCUACAUUCAUCCACUCUACUUUGAUGCUGAUCUAAGAACGAACCUGUUUACGCCAUACCCUGACUGCAGUGGUCGGAACGAUACCAAUAUCGUACGUGUUUACAGUGACAGUUUGAACUUUCCACUCAACGAGAAGGGAUAUUACAGUGGCGAGGAAACUGUAGGAUCUAUCAAAGAUUUGACCGAGUAUGUGAAAUGUCGUAUCCAGUACCCUACUCUGGACAUGAUCAAUCCAGACCUGAUCAAGACCGGUGUCUGGACAUGGGCUGAGGGUCAACCCAGUGGAGAACUCUCUUAUGACUCGUGUGUCAUGCUCAAAGGUACCGACCACCGUUGGUAUGUAUCUUCGGACUGCUCCGAGAACCAUUAUUACGCGUGUCAACACGACAAUGAUCAUGAAGUCUGGACAGUGAGUGAUGAAGCGGGGCCGUACUCGACAACAGGUGAUGUGUGUCCACAGGGAUACUCCUUCAGUAUUCCUCAUAAUGGAUACAGAAAGCAAAAGUUGAUCGAGUCUUCACAAGACAAGGAUGUCUGGCUAAACUUCUCCCAGUGGCUCCCGUCCGGACCCGUUGAACCAACUGAUGCUAAGAUGACGACUGACGACUCUGCUGCACACCGCCUCAUCGGUACACCUGGGAUCGUCCUCGCCCUCCUGAGUAUUCUACUCGCACUUUGAAUCUCGAGUCUAUUCUCAUCAGCAGACAGUCCACUAUAGGUAUAAUUGUCAACAUUAAAAUUCCGAAAAAUAGAAGGAAUAUAAUGAAAGACUCGAUGAUUCAUUUCUUAUUCAGAAUUUUGUAGUUUCGGAUAAACUAUAGAGAGGUUUUCGUUUACAACAAAAAUAUAGUUAUCAGUUGAUUGUGAUAGCAAAAAAAUGGGCUUGGUGAAUUAUUCCUUUCAAUUUUGAUUGAAUAAAGCAUACAUUUAUUUAGAAUGUUAGUCGUGACAAUACUGGAAGGUUUCCAAGAAAAAAAGAGUAAUUAUAGAGUGUUAAACGGGGAUUUCAUUAUCUUUUUAUACAUUGUUUUCCUUUUCAAUUUGGCAAAAGGACGUUAAAAGGUGACGUGGAAAUUGGCGUAGUUUUUCAACUAAAUAAAAUAAUGUCAUAUUAAAAGGUGAACUGACACCCGUUCAUUCAUCACAGUUCUGUAAUUUUGAUGAACCAUAACACUGUUUAUUAAUACCUUUUAUAUCAUUUCAAGUUGUGAGUUUCUGUCAAAAACACUGCAUACUUUUGCAAAAAAUAGUAUAAUUUUAGUAACUUUUGAAGUUUUAUAACAGAUUCCGUUCAUAGUAUACUGGCCUUACCCUCAAGUGUGUUAUACCCAAAGGUUCGCCGGCGUACAUUUUUGAAAUAAAUAUUUCUUAUUUUGUAGUAACUUUUUCUUUAAAAAAGAUUUAUUAAUUCUUACCAAUUAUAAAGUUUCUAGAAUGCAUACCGUUGUUUUUAAUAAAUGAUCAAAUAAAUAGA